ACUGGAGGACUGGAGGGGAUGAAGUGGGCUGAAGUCUCGUUCUGAACCGUGUUAUCGCGAGAAGUGAGCCGUGGUAUAAAUUCCCCAGUCGAGCCUGUCAGCUCCUCCACUCUCUCUCUCCUCCUCCUCUCCUGUGAUCAAAGCUGAGUUAGACUGAAAAUGGCUGCAGGCAAGGCACAAAUUGGAAAGCUGGCCCCGGACUUCACAGCUAAGGCGGUGAUGCCAGACGGACAGUUCGGCGACGUGAAGCUGUCAGACUACAGAGGGAAAUAUGUUGUCUUUUUCUUCUAUCCUCUGGACUUCACCUUUGUGUGUCCGACUGAGAUCAUCGCGUUCAGUGACGCUGCCGACGACUUCAGGAAGAUUGGCUGCGAGGUCAUCGCCGCCUCCGUCGACUCACACUUCUCCCAUUUCGCAUGGACCAACACACCACGAAAGCAGGGCGGUCUGGGCCCCAUGAAGAUUCCCCUGGUAUCUGACACCCGGCGCACCAUCUCCACAGAUUAUGGUGUCCUAAAGGAGGACGAGGGCAUUGCCUACAGGGGUCUGUUCCUCAUUGACGACAAGGGCGUCCUGAGACAGAUCACCAUCAACGACCUCCCAGUUGGACGCUCUGUUGACGAGACCAUGCGUUUGGUCCAAGCCUUUCAGUUCACCGACAAGCACGGAGAAGUCUGCCCUGCCGGAUGGAAACCAGGAAGUGACACCAUCAAACCUGAUGUCCAGAAGAGCAAAGACUUCUUCUCCAAGCAGUAAUAAGCCCAGAGUCUGCAGCCUGCUGUAGCAGAUUUCAUUUAGAGAUUACAUUUCCAGAGAACAAUAUUUAAGUCAGCCGUCGUGCCUGUGGAGGAAUGGUUAUAGGAGACAGUGUCUUGUAGUCAACAUGCUGUGUGUGGUCUGUCGUCUGUAGAGUGAAUAGUGCACUUCUGACCGAGGUAUAUCAUUGUGUAAUUAUGUUGUGGUAAUGUUUGCUAUUUUCACUGUUGGAUUGAGCUAAAUGUCUGUUUGUUCUUUCAUGUCAUUCCUUGCUAUUGUUAGAUGCAAACGACCAUACGAACAGUUUUAUUGGAAUUAAGCACUCUAAAUUAUGUUUUGUUUUUUACAGUGAACAACACAUGUUCUUUAAUCUAAACAAAGAAUACAGUUUAUAACACUCUCCUAAAGGAACAAACAUUACAGGGGAAAUGUUACAUUACACAUUACUUUUGAUGGUGUUAUCAGUAUCAAGUCAGGUACAUGUUAGAUUGUGUUUUGUGUGUGUUCAUGUACAACGCCUUAAGUACUUUAAAAUAUGGCACAGCAUUAGAUUAAGGUACUAUGAUUCCCUUAUAUUCAUCACACCUAUUACCUCAGUGAAGAAUUACAGCACAAAGUCAAACAAAUAAAAAGAGUGUUGGGAGAUUUAAGAUAACAUAUCUAAAAUAAGAUGGAGGUUUAUGCUGAAUCAUGUCCAUGUAUGAAGAAGUUUAAAUAAAUAUGCUUUCCCUAACAGGUUA